AAGACAUUCAUUUCUCCUACUGUCUUAUUUAUUUACCUAUAAAGAUUAUUCACUUCCAUAGAUAUAUUGAAUAUGAAAAAUCAUAAUACACGUGAACAUAGAUAUUUUUAAUAGAGAUAUAGAAAUGCGUGAAUAAGACAAAAACAGAAAAAACAAUUUUUUUUUCUCUUUUUUUUUCUGAUUCAUUUACAAAUCAAUUUUAAUUGGAUUAUGGGAAAUGAACUUGUAAGAUCAUAAUCAUAAUUAUUAUAAUACUAACCACCUUUAUUUUGUUUCGCUAUUUCCUUCUUUCAUUCUUUCUUUCUUUCUCUCUUGCUUACUUACUUAGUUGCUUAGUUAUAGAUUCUAAUAUUCUCAUCUAUUUCAAUGAAUGUAAACAAUCAUUAUAUGAUUGUUUUAAUGUGUGUACACAGAUAUACAUCUAUACAUAUAUAUAUAUAUAGAUGACAUUAGUUCUAAUUAACGUGAAACCAAAUAAAUAAAAAAAUUGAGUUUUCCCAUUUUUAAUAUUGAAAAAGGAAAAAAAUAACAAAGGAACAGAUUAAAAUGGAUAAGAUGAAACUUAUUCAGUACAUUAUUAGUUAUAAAUUAAAUGAGGUCGGAUAUAAAACAAACAAAUAAACAAUCAAAGGAAUUACAUAAUUUUUUUUACGUACCGUCAAAACUAUUUCAGUAUAGUACUAACAACAUAUUACAAUAACUAAUGAUGAUACUUAAGAAAAAGAGAUUUCACUUAUUACUUUAAUUGAUAGUCAUAUAAAUGAUAUUACAUAAUCGAAUAGAUUCCUUUAAAUGCUCGUUAGUAUCUAUGCAUAAUUACGUAAUCAUGAUUACAUAUAUUGAAGUUUGAUUACAAUUAUGAUUACAAUAUCUUCAUUAUUGAUUGAUUCAUUUAAACAAAAAAUAUAUUAAAUUUCGAAAAAAAAUUCAAAAAAAUUAUUCAAAUUAAAUUUUAAAUAUUCUGAAAAAAAAAAUUAAUAAAGAAUCAUUAAAAGAAUAUAAUACACAAUCACUCAGACACGGAUAAUAAAAAUAAUUUAACUGAAUAAAAGUCAUAUUCAACAUCUAUUUAUAAAUCAUUAUAAUGGAAACAUUUAUUUGUCCAAAUGAUAGGCAAUUAGCAUUACGUGCAAGACUCGGAACAGGUUGGUCUUCUAGAGCUCAAUCAGCACAACGCCGUCGAGCUCAGCCAUUAACAACAGAUGAAGAAGAACAGAUUUUACGUGUUCUAAGACGUAAUGAAUUAUUAGCUGAGAAUGAAAAGGCUAGAGUUGAAGCAAUGCUUCAGAAACUUGAUCGUCUUAAACAAACAGCUGAUUCUAGAAAAAAUGAAGAAUGUGCAUUAUGUCAUAAAGAAUUUGGUCAUUUAAGUAAUUUACCAAUAAUUUGUGUAGAAUGUGGUCGUUAUGUAUGUACAACAUGUUGUGUAGAAUUAAUUAUUCCACCAUUACAUCGACAACCAAUCACAAAACGUAAUUCAUUGCUCAAUUUUCAAUGGAUGUCAAAUACAUACGGAAGUGGUAAUUCAUUGAAUACAUCAAAACAUCAAACAUAUUUUACAAUGGAUCAAACUCGACAAAAUCAAAAUCAAACUUUAACUAAUUCAAAUAAUUUAAAAACAGUAACAUCUAAUACAAAUAAAUCAAGAUUCCUUAAUCGUCGUAGUAGUUUAAUGGGUACAUUGAAUUCAGCUGCAUUACAUAGUCAACAGUUAUUUGAAAAAGUUAAAGUUAAAGCCAAUUCACGUCAAGGAGAUAAUCAUUCAUUUGUUUGUAAAAUAUGUUAUGAAGCAAGAGAAAUUUGGAAACGUUCUGGUGCAUGGUUUUAUAAAAGUCUUCCACGUAGUAAUCGUAUGACAAGUUGUCCAUCUAGUCCAUCAUCAACUCCAGCUAAAACUGGUUGUCAAAUAUUUAAUGAUAUAACAGAUCUUGUAAAACCAAUACAUAUGAAUGCAAAUUAUGAAAGUCAUAUUGAACAUACUGAUAAUGAUUCAGAACAAUGGAUACAAUUAAAACCAAAUCGACGACCUUCUAAACCUGAAGGAUCAGAAGCUGAUAGCUCACCUGUACCAAGUACAAGUAAAGAUACACUACAAAAUGAAGCUACGUCAAGUACAAAAACACGUGGAAUAUCUAAGGGAUUUUCGAAAUCUCCAGAGCAUUCUUCAUAUGUUCCAAAGGAUCAAAGUACUGUUGAUGUACCUAAAACAAACUCACCAACAUAUAUAAAUGUGCCUGUAACCGCGAAUAGUCAAGAUAUAAUUCAUAUCUCACCGGCCUCAUGCCUUUCACCCGAUUCACUAAAUACUAGUUCAUUAUGGAGACCACAGUCGCCUGUUUCAGCACAAACGUUUCAUCCGUCAUUUGUACCUAAUAAAACAGUUAAUCAUUCGACAGCCUCUGCCUUAGCUUCUUCAUUUAAUAAUAUCAAUUCUACACAGAAGGUUGUAAGUUUAACAGGUGAAAAAGAACCAUCUAAUCUUCUUUCAUCAUCAUCGAGUCCCACGUCUGUGGAACGACGUCCAACUGUAUCUUCAAGUGAAGAAGCUCCAUUUGGUGUGCUCUACUUUACAUUAUAUCAUGAUACAUUGAAUAAACAACUUCAUGUAGCUAUUCACAAAGCUAAAAAUUUAAUUGCAAUGGAUGCAAAUGGUUUAUCUGAUCCUUAUGUUGUAUGUCAAUUAUUACCAACAAGUCAUAAUAGUACAACACCACGUACAUCAACACGACCUCAAUGUUUAAAUCCUGUAUGGAAUGAAGCAUUAACUUUCGAACCAUUUGAUGGAAAAAAUAUUCAAUUAAAAACAUUAAGAUUAGCUGUACUUGAUGAAGAUUUAUAUGGUUCUGAUUGGCUUGGAGAAUAUCGAUUACAAUUAUCUCAACUGAUUCCUAAUCGUUUAACCGAUUUCACUGUUCCACUUGGUCCACAUAAACCGAUACAACGUGGUGAAUUUGAUUUAGCAUGCCCAACACGUGGUAAAAUACAACUAGGUCUUGGCUAUUUGGAAGAUCGUAAACAAUUAUAUGUUGAAGUAAUUCGUUGUGCUAAUCUAGCUCCAAUGGAUCUUAAUGGAUUCUCUGAUCCUUUUGUCAAAUUAUACCUUCGACCAGAUAAAACUAAGAAAACGAAACAGAAAACUCAAGUGAAAAAAGCUACUUUAUUCCCAGAAUUUCAUGAGACAUUUUUCUAUGAUUUAAAUGCAUCUGAAGCUGGUAGUCGUACACUUGAAAUAACUGUAUGGGAUUUUGAUCGUGGUCCAAGUAAUGAUUUUAUUGGUGGUUUAACAUUAGGUGCUGGUGCUAAAGCUGAAAGACGUGAAUUAUGGUUAGCUGUAUUUAGACCACCAUAUCGUCGUAUUGAAGCAUGGUUUCAAUUAUCUAAUAGAACUGAAAAUGGUAUACAAUUUACAACACCAGGUGUUUGUGAUUAAAUUUUAUUACUUCAAAAAGAAUAGUAUUAAUUAUUUUAUUGAUUUUAUAAAAAAAUUUGUUUGUUUUUGUUUUGUUUCUUAUUUUAAGAGAAAAAUCUUUUCAAUUUGCUUCUUCUUUCCUUUAUUGUUGUUUAUCUUCAGCUUCAAUAUGUGUAAAUGAUAUACCAUUUUAAAUAAACAACUAAUCAUUAACAAUGAACAAUUAACACAUUGAAUCUUUCAAUCAUUUCUUGUUUGUCUUUCAUUUUCAAGUGUUUUUUUUUAAAUUUCCUUUUCAUUGGUAAAUAUGUGUAUGUAUGUGUACAUUUUCAUAUAUAUUUCCUUUAUGUUUGCAUGUGUGUGUGUAUGUAUGUGAUCAAUGAUCCCAAAUUUUAAUCGUUCAAUAUCAUAUAUAUCCAAUGUCUACAAUAUAUAUUGUACACUUGAUCACAACCUAUUCAUUCUUUUAUACUUCUCUUAUUUUUUGUUGUUAUUACCAAUUGCUUCUUUAAUUUUGUUUAAAUGAAUCAACAAAAAAUUUUAUUUUUCACCUUGAAAAAUCUUCAAUGUUUAUUAUUUAAACAAGAUCAUAAAUAUCAUAUUGAUCAGUGUUUUUUUUGUUUUAUUUUUUAAACAAUAAUAUUUGUUCAUUUCUUAGAAAAGGGGGGAGGAGAAAUAUCUUAACAACAACAAUUAAGAUGAACAAAUUGUUUCAUUUAAAUAAUUAAUACCUUUCCAUCCUGUUAAUUUUUUUUCUUUUAAAAUAAAAAAAAAAUAAUUUUUUGGUUUAUUUAUUUAUUAUUUUCAGAUGUAUUUUCCUCUUUCUAUUGGUGUAUUAAUUUUUUUCUCUUAUAUAAUAAGAAAAGAAAAAAAAAAGAUUUUUCUUUGAAUUGUUUACAUUGAAAGACUGUAAAGUGAGGGAUCAUAUUAAGAGUCUUGAUCCUGUGUAUGUUUCUAUGCGUGUGCGUGUAUGUGUAUGUGUGUGCAUGUAUGUAUGUUUGUAUGCAUGUGCAUAUUAUUCUUAUGUAAGUGUAUACUUUCAAUAUUGAUUUUAUCUAUUUCAUUAUCAUAAUGAAUAUAUAUAUAUAUACUGUGAAGAAUCAUGUUAUUGUUAUUUUAAACAUUGAUUAUCAUGUUUAAGUUUAUGUAAUAUUGAACAAAUGAACAGAUUUAAUAGAACAAUAACAUUGAUCAGAUGUUUAAAAUGAACUUUUUGAUUUGUUU